CUUACGUGGCAUCGGCAGCAGUCACUAUUGCAGCGAAGUACAUUUUCAUCAUUUUAUUGUAAACAUUUGUGGAAAUAUUAACUUUUGUUAUGGUUCAAAUAUAUUUAACAACUCAACGAUAAAAAAUGAAUCCCCAAUAUAUACAGCAACAACAACAGGCACAGCAACAGCCAGGCUAUUAUCCUGGACCUCCAACCUCAUCUCCUUAUGAGGAAUUAAAUUCUAAUCUCCCACCAAAUGUUGCAAAGGAACCUCCAAUGAGCUCUCAAAGUUAUGGAUCUCAAAAACCAAUGCAAGGAGCUCCGCAUACCAAUUUACAUCAACCUCCUGCUCCAUACUAUAUGAAUCAUGUGCUACCACAAGUAAAUACUCAAUAUGAAUUAUCAACAAAUAAUCCACAUAUGGUACCACCUCCACCAAGUCAAAACAAUAUAGUUAAUCAAAUGACAAAUAUGUCCCUAGGGGAUCAACAAAGACCACCAUCUGCGCAAAAUUAUCCUCCACCAUCCUUACCUGGCAAAAGCAGUCCAACAGUAUCCAUGCUCUCAAACGUUAACGGAUUUAAUAACGCGUUGGGCGCAACAUCAUCAGGAUCUACUAGACAAACCGAUCCCGGUGGACAAUCUGGACCACCCGUGCCUGGGCAGGAUAUACAGCAGCACACAUCGGCUUCAACAAUUCCUUCUACAACUCAAUCUGGUCUUCCAUUCUCUGGACAUUCUACAGGAACUACUCUUGGACAAUAUUAUCCUGCUGCAUCACCUGAUUCUGGAUUCAAAGCAGGAUUACCUUUGCCAAGUCAACCUGGUUUAGGGAAUGUCACUGAUACAUCCACUGGACAGCCGAAAUUUACCAGGCCACCGACAACAGGGCAAAAAUCUACAGCUCCACCAUUACCAGGACAACAGAAUUUGUCUACUAUACCAUUAGGACAACAAAACGUGUCUAGUUCAUCUUCAUCUGGACAACAAAGUCUUUCUACUCCGUUAAUCCCAGGACAAAUGCAUUUAUCUGGACCUCCUAUGUCCAAACAGAAUUUAUCAGGUCCACCCUUGCAAGGACAGUCAAAUAUAUCUGGUCCUCCACUUCCGGGACCACCUUUACCAGGACAAUAUCCUCCACUGCAAGGACAGCUAAAACAUGGUCAAUCAAAUAUGUCGGGUCCUCCAUUGAUGGGUCAACAAAAUAUGCCUCCACCUCCCAUGUCUGGUCAACAAAACGUUAAUGCACCUCCGUUACCAAAUCAACAGAGUUAUAACAGACCACCAUUAGGAGGACAAAAUUUAACUGGUCCACAUCCUCCAUUACCUGGUCAAUCUGUAGGCCAGAUGAUGAAUCCAGCUAUGAAUUUACAGCAAGGUCAAAAACUGUACACACCUGGUUCUCCAAUGCAGGGACAAAGUAUGGGAACUUUAGGGCUUAACCGUAACCCACCUGGUACAAUGCCAAACUACCAACAGACAGGAUAUCAAGGCUAUAAUAAUCAGGACAUGUACAAUGCUCAAAGAGGUUCAUAUCAAGGUGGCGCGAUUGGAGCACCAGGUGGAUAUCAACCAGACAUUCAACCACAACAAGCAAGACGUUUAGAUCCUGAACACAUGCCAAGCUCGAUUCAAGUAAUGCAAGACGACCAAUGCGCCAGAAGCGGUGUAUUUGUAACAAAUCAAAAGGGAUUGGUUCCACCACUAGUAACCACCACAUUUGUGACACAGGAUCAAGGGAAUGCAUCCCCUAGAUACAUUAGAUCUACUAUGUACACUGUUCCUACCACAGCAGAUAUUAUAAAACAAACGAAUGUCCCCUUUGCAUUAAUAAUAAGUCCAAUGGCUCGUAUAGCGGAAGGCGAAUACGAACCGCCUAUUGUAGAUAUGGGAGAGAUUGGUCCAGUUCGUUGCGUACGAUGCAAAGCGUACAUGAGUCCGUUCAUGCAAUUUAUCGAUGCGGGCCGAAGAUUCCAAUGCAUGUUUUGUAAAGCAACAACGGAAGUUCCAGCAGAGUACUUCCAACAUUUGGAUCAUACCGGUCAACGGAUGGAUCGUUAUGAAAGACCAGAAUUAAUGCUGGGAACGUACGAAUACAUUGCUACGAAAGAAUAUUGCAGAAAUACUACUUAUCCAAAACCACCAGCUAUUGUGUUCGUAAUCGAUGUAUCGUACAACACAAUUAAAUCUGGUUUAGUCAAUCUAUUAUGCAUGGAAAUGAAAUCAAUUUUACGGAAUCUACCUGUUGACGCUGGGCAAUCGAAAACAAACAUGAAAGUAGGAUUUAUAACAUACAAUAAUACAGUACACUUUUACAAUAUUAAUUCCUGCCUUGCUCAACCACAAAUGAUGGUUGUGGGAGACAUACAAGAUGUAUUUAUGCCACUUCUUGACGGAUUUUUAUGCGAUAUUGAAGAAAGUGAAUCAGUUAUUGACGGUUUAAUGAUGCAAAUACCAGCAAUGUUUGCAGACACUCGUGAAACGGAAACAAUUCUUGCGCCGGCGAUACAAGCUGGAUUGGAAGCACUGAAGGCUUCAGAUUGUGCUGGAAAAUUAAUGGUUUUCCACUCUUCUCUGCCUAUUGCUGAAGCCCCUGGUAAAUUGAAAAAUCGCGAUGAUCGUAAAGUACUUGGAACCGAGAAAGAAAAAACCGUGUUAGCUCCACAGAAUAGCGUCUACAAUAACUUAGGACAAGAAUGCGUGGGUUCUGGAUGUUCCGUAGAUUUGUUUAUUUUUAAUAAUUCGUAUGUGGAUAUUGCUACAAUAGGGCAAGUUGCCCGACUAACUGGUGGAGAAGUUUAUAAAUACACUUAUUUCCAAGCUGACAUAGAUGGCGAACGUUUAAUUUCAGACAUUAUUGAGAACAUUAGUAGACCAAUUGCAUUUGAUUCCGUUAUGCGCGUACGUACAUCUACUGGUGUUCGAGCUACUGAUUUCUUCGGACAUUUCUUCAUGUCAAAUACAACAGAUAUGGAAUUAGCUAGUAUAGAUUGUAACAAGGCCAUCGCUGUAGAAGUGAAGCAUGAUGAUAAACUCACAGACGACGAGGGUGUAUAUAUUCAAGCAGCUUUAUUAUAUACUUCAUGCGGGGGAAUUAGAAGAUUGCGCAUCAUUAAUCUUAGUUUAAAAACUUCGCCGAAGAUGGCUGAACUAUAUCGAGCAUGUGACCUCGACGCUAUUAUAAAUUACUUCUCCAAACAAAGUGUUUUCAAACUAAUUGAAUCAACCCCGAAAACUGUAAAGGACAAUUUAAUCGCAAGAUGUGCAAAUAUGCUGGCUGCGUAUCGAAAACAUUGUGCUUCUGCAUCUAACGCGGGUCAAUUAAUAUUACCAGAGUGCAUGAAGUUGCUCCCACUUUACAUCAAUUCGUUGUUAAAGAGCGACGCAUUGUCUGGAGGUGCUGAUAUGACUAUUGAUGAUAGAUCUUUUGUUAUGCAAGCAGUUGCAACAAUGCCUAUCUCAAUAUCAGUUGCGUAUAUUUAUCCGAGAUUACUUCCAUUACACGAUAUCGAUCCACAAGAUACAGAGUUACCACAAAUGUUGCGCUGUUCUAUUGACAAGUUCGCCGAGGACGGUGCAUACUUACUUGAAAAUAGUAUCCACAUGUUCUUGUGGCUAGGCCUGGCACUUUCUCCGCAAUGGGUCCAGGCAGUGUUCGGGGUUCCAUCGGUAGUUCAAGUUGAUACGGAUCGUACCGCACUGCCAGUAUUAGAUACACAACUGAACAAACGAAUAACGGAUAUUAUUAAUCGCGUACGCAUGGAAAGGCAUCGUUGCAUGAGGUUAACUAUAGUAAGACAGAGAGAGAAACUUGAAAUGGUAAUGCGUCAUUUCUUGAUCGAGGAUAGAGGAAAUGACGGAAGUCCUAGUUACGUUGACUUCCUUUGCCAUAUGCACAAAGAAAUAAGAACACUUCUUAGCCAAUAAAUGAAUCUUUAAGCAAUCAGUUCCCUUCUGUUGAAAACCUAGCUUGCUACGUGUCUGUGACUGUUGCCACGUUAUUUCAAGGAUCAGUUAGAUUAUUAAGCGGAAUUCAUUCGAAGCUCAACGGGGAUCAUAGAUAGUGUGCGUUUUGAAAAAAGAAGAAAAAGAAAUGUGAAGUAAAACUAACGAACAUUUGUAAACGUAAUACCUAUCGACAGACAAUGAACUUUAUGAAAUAACCAAUCAUUCCGCGAGAAAGAAUGGCCCACGUGAAAAGAAACAUCCAGAUGCAU